UUUCUCUCCCAGCCACACCGGUAGGGGGCGGUAGCGGGCGGCUGGCACAGGCAGCUGCUGGCUCGCUGCUGAAGGUGCGGCAAAGGGAAAAACAAGAAACGAGACACCGCAGCUAGCUAACAGCAGCUUUAUAUAUAUAUUUAUAUAUAUGCUGAGAGAGGGAGAAGUCAGUGUUUUCUAACAAAAUACGGCCUUUUGGUUUGGCCCCCCUCAUUGUUUUGAAAACAAAAAACGUAGACAUGGAAAAGUAGUUUGUUAAAUUGUAAAAAUUGUAAAACGAGCGGCUAAACAGCAGCUGGGUCAUACCUACAUCGCUCUCGCUCCGCCGGAAAACUAAAGCUAAGCUAACGCAGCAGCUAAUGCUAGGCUAGCUAGCGGGCUAAAGCCAGAACCUCGAUUUGACGGAGUCUCCUUUCGAAACGCGACCGCUUGAAAUGGCUGAUGUUGACAAGCUCAACAUAGACAGUAUCAUCCAACGUCUUUUAGAGGUCAGAGGAGCAAAGCCGGGCAAGAAUGUGCAGCUGCAGGAGAAUGAGAUUCGAGGAUUAUGCCUCAAGUCCAGGGAGAUCUUUCUCAGUCAGCCCAUUCUUCUGGAGCUGGAGGCCCCCCUUAAGAUCUGUGGUGACAUCCAUGGCCAAUACUAUGAUCUGUUGAGGCUUUUUGAGUAUGGGGGCUUCCCUCCGGAGAGCAACUACCUGUUUCUUGGGGACUAUGUGGACAGGGGGAAGCAGUCCUUGGAGACCAUCUGCCUCCUGCUGGCCUACAAAAUCAAAUACCCAGAGAACUUCUUUCUGCUGAGGGGAAACCACGAGUGUGCUUCAAUCAACAGAAUAUAUGGUUUCUACGACGAGUGCAAAAGAAGGUACAACAUCAAGCUCUGGAAGACCUUCACCGAUUGCUUUAACUGCCUUCCAAUUGCGGCGAUCGUCGAUGAGAAGAUCUUUUGCUGCCAUGGAGGACUGUCACCUGACCUGCAGUCCAUGGAGCAGAUCAGGCGCAUCAUGCGCCCCACCGACGUCCCCGACCAGGGCCUGCUGUGCGACCUGCUCUGGUCCGAUCCAGACAAGGACGUCCUGGGCUGGGGGGAGAACGACCGGGGGGUGUCGUUCACGUUUGGCUCGGAGGUGGUCGCCAAGUUCCUGCACAAGCACGACCUGGAUCUGAUCUGCCGCGCUCACCAGGUCGUCGAGGACGGCUACGAGUUCUUCGCAAAGAGGCAGCUGGUCACUUUGUUCUCGGCGCCAAACUACUGCGGGGAGUUCGACAACGCCGGUGCCAUGAUGAGCGUGGAUGAAACGCUCAUGUGCUCCUUUCAGAUUUUGAAGCCAGCUGAGAAGAAGAAGCCCAACGGCAGCCGUCCUGUGACUCCUCCUCGCAAUAUGAGCAGUCACAAGACCGUGAGCGCGGAGCGGAGUGUGGUCCGGGGCCACGGCAGUUGCUCCUCACUUUGUGUAAUGUCGCGUCUCAACUGCGGAACCAUGGCCACGGAGAGCCAGCACUUGCGGGUCGUCGGUCUUGGCCGGGGUCGUUUGAACGGAGCUGGUGUGUGGGUGAUGUUGUCCGUGCUGUCGUACGGUCGACUGGUUGCCAGAGCUGUCAUCGGCGGGCUCUCUCAGACGGACACCCGCGACUACAGCCUGGUGACGGCGAGCUGCGGCUUUGGGAAGGAUUUCCGCAAAGGCAUCCUGAAGAAGGGCAUGUGUUAUGGGGACGACGCGUGCUUCAUCGCCCGGCACAGGUCGGCUGAUGUCCUGGGGGUUGCAGAUGGAGUAGGUGGAUGGAGGGACUAUGGCGUGGACCCGUCGCAGUUUUCUGGGACGUUGAUGAAGACGUGCGAGAGGCUGAUAAAGGAAGGGCGUUUUGUCCCGAGCAACCCGGUGGGAGUCCUUACAACCAGCUACUAUGAGCUGCUGCAGAACAAAGUUCCACUGCUGGGUAGCAGCACCGCCUGCAUCGUGAUUUUGGACCGGCAGAGUCACAGGCUGCACACGGCCAACCUGGGAGACUCGGGUUUCCUGGUGGUCCGGGGUGGGGAGGUGGUCCACCGCUCAGACGAGCAGCAGCACUACUUCAACACACCCUUCCAGCUGUCGAUUGCUCCCCCAGGUGCUGAGGGGGCGGUUCUUAGUGACAGCCCUGACGCAGCAGACAGCUCCUCCUUCGAUGUUCAGCUGGGUGACAUCAUCCUCACCGCCACCGACGGGCUGUUCGACAACAUGCCCGACUACAUGAUCCUGCAGGAGCUCAAGAAACUCAAGAACUCAAACUAUGAGAGCGUUCAGCGGACCGCCCGCAGCAUUGCCGAGCAGGCCCACGUGCUCGCCUACGACCCCACAUACAUGUCACCUUUCGCACAGUUUGCCUGUGACAAUGGAUUGAAUGUAAGAGGAGGAAAGCCGGAUGACAUCACAGUUCUGCUCUCCAUAGUGGCGGAAUACACAGACUAGACUCUGCAGCUCUGAUGGGAAGUGAUGAACCGCUCUAAUUCCUGCUGGCCAGGAUGACGGACCGAUGUCUGACACUUCGGAUCAUCCUGUCUCACCUCACCCUCUCUCUCCUCCCCAAAACAACCGCUCUCUGUGAUUACCAGCGUCAGAGAGUGGUCCAAUACAUCCCAGAUUGCACCGUUGCCAUCUUUGCACGGCUCACCAGAUAAUCCCGUCUGACGGUGAGCGGUCACUGGGCUUCUCGGAGAUGAGGUUAAGUAGCCUUUUUCUGACCGGUCGGACAUGGGCUGAGACGAAGAGGAGACUCGGAGAUGGAGGUGUGGGAAGAGACGAGAGGGCUGCCAGAAGGGAACGCCGCUCCACCGCUGCUGCUAAGAAGGGAAAUGGCAGCACUAACGGUGGACGUGAGCCAUCAGAUGGCCUGUAACCCCCCCCACCCAUGUUCAGAGGAUGGUGUGACCCAUGAGCUGUUUGGGUGGAUAUUGGUAAAUGUUAGCAAAAAAAAAAAGGUGUGUGUGAUGUUUUUUGAAGGGCGGACGCUGCCUUUUCCUACCGCUGCAAAGCACUGCACAUAUUUUGUUACUCUGUGUUUUAAAAUGUCGUGCCCCUCUUUAAUCCUCCUGCUGCUGGUGAAUUGUUGAAUGUGACCUGUGUGUGUGUGUGUGUGCGUGUGUGUGUGUGUGUUGAAUGCAAUGUGGGUCAACCCAUAACCACUGGACUUUACACGACUUGAACGCACAAAGCUAAAGAAGCGUAAGUGGAAAAAGCUCAAAGCAGUGGAAGUUGGUCAUGUGACCAAAUGUAUUUUUGUAUCUUUUUUUUUUUUUUUUCAGUGUGUUUGUUACAAUCAAAGUUUGGCUUUCCGUUCAAGAAGAAAUCAACAAUUCCCUUCAUGUUUCAGGUCAGACUGCAGUUACUUUUCAGUGGAGUCUUAACCCCCGUGUCCACAUUGUGAUGUGCCUUGUAUCAGGUGGGGUUGAUACUGGCCGACGUCCACAGUUCCUUAUCCACCAAUCAGAGCACAGAGCCUGAAAUUGUAAAGUAGCCAUAUGAGUCAAAACCGCGUCUCGGUCAGGCUGUGCGUGUCACAGGAGCUGCGUAAGGAGCUUAGGAGUCGCAUUAAAGCCAUCCCACGCUUAGAAAAUCCUUCCUGUGGAUCUUUGUUUACAAUCUGCCAGAGGACUGUUUUCCUGCUUUAUCUGCGUUCACACGGCCGGCCGCGGCACCAGGCCUCAGUGCAGAAAUGUGAGUCCAGAAAUGUGAGAGCAAGCAGCCUUAAUGGGAACACAGAGCUGUUUCCCCGCUUCCUGACUCACUUCUGCCCUGAGACGACUCCUGCGUGCCCGUUUUCUUCCAGCCAGAGCAGGUUCAGACGGUGGACAGUUCAAAGCAGAUUCCAGCUCUUUAGGGGGGUGUCAAAUCUGUACUAUAUUUAAUAAAGACUAUAGUAUUUAUUA